CUGGAAGGAAGGGAGGAAGGCAAGGGACCCGCUCCCAGGAUGACUUCCACCCCGUUUUCCAACUGGAGCGCCGCCGACUCCUCGUUGGCUUGGCCCAACGGCAGCCUGGCUCCCCCCUCGGCGUCCAACUUCUCCAACCAGUUCGCCCAGCCCUCGUGGUGCAUCGCGCUCUGGUCCUUGGCCUACGGGCUGGUGGUGGCGGUGGCCGUCUUCGGCAACCUGGUGGUCAUCUGGAUCAUCCUGGCGCACAAGCGCAUGCGGACGGUGACCAACUCCUUCCUGGUCAACCUGGCUUUCUCCGACGCCUCGGUGGCCGCCUUCAACACGCUGGUCAACUUCCUCUACGCCCUGCACGGCCAGUGGUACUUCGGGGAGGCCUACUGCCGCUUCCAGAACUUCUUCCCCAUCACCGCCGUCUUCGCCAGUAUCUACUCCAUGACCGUCAUCGCCGUGGACCGAUACAUGGCCAUUAUUGAUCCUUUGAAGCCCAGACUUUCUGCCACAGCAACCAAAGUGGUAAUUGCAAGCAUAUGGAUCCUGGCAUUCCUACUGGCUUUUCCUCAGUGUCUUUUUUCAAAGACUAAAGUGAUGCCUGGAAGAACUCUGUGCUACGUUUUCUGGCCAGGUGGUAUGAGACAGCGAUUUCUGUACCAUGUCAUUGUAAUUGCACUGGUCUAUUGUUUUCCACUGCUUGUCAUGGGCAUCACGUAUACAAUUGUUGGAAUAACCCUUUGGGGUGGAGAGAUCCCAGGCGACACAUCUGACAAAUACCAUGAACAGUUGAAAGCGAAACGGAAGGUGGUGAAAAUGAUGAUUGUUGUCGUCCUGACGUUUGCAGUCUGCUGGUUGCCAUAUCACAUUUACUUUAUAGUUACUGGGAUCUAUGAGAAUUUGAACCGGUGGAAAUAUAUUCAACAAAUCUACCUGGCCACAUUUUGGUUGGCCAUGAGUUCUACCAUGUACAACCCCAUCAUCUACUGCUGUCUCAAUAAAAGGUUCCGAGCUGGUUUCAAGAGAGCUUUCAAAUGGUGUCCUUUCAUUGAAGUAUCUAGUUAUGAUGAACUGGAGUUAAAGACAACCAGGUUCAAUCCUACCCGGCAGAGUAGCUUAUAUACUGUUUCCAGAAUGGAAUCCAGCAUGUCUGUAGUGUAUGACCACAGCGAUGGAGAAAACACCAGAUCCACUCGCAAGAAAGGAGUACCUUCACAGGAAGCGAAUCUUAAUGGUUGUUCCCGCAGAAGCUCCAAAGCCACUUCAACAAUGUCAAGUUACAUCAACUCUCCAUAUACGUCAGUGGAUGAGUAUUCCUAAAGCCUUACGAGGAUUGUGUUAUGGAUGUGAGAGGACAGAGUAUUGCAACUAAAUGAGACAGUGCUGUUCUGCCUUAGAACCAAACAUCCGAACUUCUGGAGGUGAACCACAACUUCAGAUGUUGAGUCCUGAUUGCAUGUAUAUAUAAUUAUUUAUAUCAGGGAUAUGAAAUGUAACCCCCUUUAGAUGUUGUUGGACUGUAGCUGCCACGAUCCCUCACUGUUGGCUAAAGGUGAUGGAAAUUGCAACCCAACAACAUCAGCAGAGGGUGGAGCCACAAAUUGACCAUGGAAAGUCUUCCUUGGUCCAAUUUGUCUUCAUGCUUUAGGAAAGGCAAAGACUGAGACCUGUUAAUGUCCAUAUAAUAACAUAUUGCUGUGUUGUCAAUUUGAAUGCUUAUGUGAAAUUGUGCACAAUGGGUUGGAUUCAGAACAAUUUAGAGCUCUCCAAAAUCAGUUCAUAAAGUGGAUUCUGGCUAAUUUUAUAGUCUCCUUUAUUGCUCAUUUGAUCUGGAUGCAAGCCAAUAAAAUCACAAUAUGUAUGGUGGACAUUUAAUCUGGAACUCUUGCACUUGCUUGGUUUUACAUGGUAUGUGUUAGAAUGGCAUAAAAGUUCUACAAGCAUCAGGUUUAUUUUUAAUAUUUAUUGUGUAACAACGUUUUAAAAUCAUCAUAAUUAGUAAACUGGUAUCUCUCUUCCACACAACUGGAUGUAAGGAGAACUGCAUCUUCCAACAGAAUGGCUGCUAUUUUUCUGCAUAGCUUCUUCCAGUUACCAGAAUACACUCUAUCUAUGUGAAGGAAGAUGAAUUCAACAAUUUCCAUAAAAGUUCUUCCCAUUGAUGCCUCCUUAAUUUCAUUAUUCCAAGAUCACCACGGACAUUUUGAGUAAAAGCAGAUCAGUUUUAUGUCUUCAGCAUUCAAUAAUUUAGGCAAAAAAAGUAUGUGCCAUCAGAUUAUGAGGCAUGAAGUCCAUGAUGCUCAUGUGAUGCUUUCAGUAUGACUCUACUAAGAUGAAGUCACAGAGUAAUGGCCACAGAUGCCUGCACAAUGCCUUAAGAGAAAGAGCAUGUAGUGGUUGCUUGAGACAUUUAGAAUUUCUUCAUAUGGACUUGUCUUGUUACAUCCACAGACAAAAGUAGUUGUUAAUUCCCAACAGCAAUUCAUACAAAAUAUGGCAGAAGAAAGUGGAUUACCAUGCUUAUGCAGAUCAUCAAUGGGCAGCAGUACCUGGACAUAUAAUACCGAAAAAGUGAGCUGUAGCCCACAAGCAAAUGUGCCAUAAUGUCGUUGAGAUGCCAUAAGACUCCUUGUUGUUUUUCUUCUCCAUCACUGCAUCUGCAGCAGUUAAUGUAUGGAGAAAUUCUGAACAUCCGAAAUAUUCCUAUGUGUAACAGCAUGUGCUUGUACUGACUUGAAUUUCUAAAUGAUUAGAUGUAUAUAUUAAAGGUGGGGGAAGUGAUGGUGAAUAUAUUCACCUUGCAGACUAAGAGAAGAAAGAGUCAUUUUUCAGCAUAAUGAACUCAUUUGUUCAGCUGAUGUCUUUCUCAUUAGCUUCACUUCUAGAUAGUAAGAUUUAUUUUUCAACUCAAGGUAGAAUGCUAUUGGCUGGUGCAAUAUGGAGCAACAGUCCAUGUUCAUUCUGUUUCUUGUCUUCCAUCUCCUCCUUUAGAGGAAAACAGCCAGUAAAGAGAAUUCAGUGGAAUUGUGGAUGAUGAUGAUGAUGAUGAUGAUGAUAUUUUAUUUCUAGACCACCCUCUCUCCCCAAAGGGACUCAGGGCAAUUCACAUACAUAUAAAAGGCAAACAUUCGAUGCCAUAAUUAAGAUCACACAAUAACAAAAUAUUGAAAUUAAACAUUAGCAUUUUUAUAAACAUAAAAAAUAAAAUAUAAGAGAUACAAACAUUUAAAUAAAACAUAAUUACACCAAUAAAACAUAAUUGCACAAAAACAUAUAUCCUAAACAGUUAGAAAACAACAAAACUGCAAAAUGAGCCAAGCAUCAAGUUGUAAUUCGAAACAGUCCAUAGCAGCCAUAAAGUGCAGAUUGUGCUAGUCCUCCUCCUCUUCAUAUGCUAAAUUACAAUGGUGUGUUUUCAGAAUAUUUGUCAAGGAGUGGAGGAUGGGGGGCAUUUUAAUUUCUUUAGAGAAGGAGUUCCAGAGGCAGGGAGUGAUCACAGAGAAGGCCUCCUCCCUCGUUCCCACCAACCAUGCUUGUGAUGGGGUGGGACUGAGAGAAGGAUCUCCUCUGCUCAUUGAAUUGCACAUGGUGGCUUAUAUAGGGAGAUGCAGUUAAACUAAAUGGACCCGACCCAUUUAGGGCUUUAUAGGUAAUGACUAGCCCUUUUUGAUUUAGCUCGGAAGCGGACCGGCAGGAAGUGGAGCUGAAUAGGUUAAUUUGCUGCGCUGUCUAGAUUAUUAUGGUGUAAUUCAGGCAUGGAUAACAGUUAUGGGAGCCAAUUUGUUUGUCUUUGGACCUCUUGUUGACUUUUGGUGAUCACAGAAUUCUUCUCUAAGUGCUUACAAACUGUCUGUUUAAAAGCCUUCUCUAGAAUCACUCCUAGUACUGAUGUUAGACUGAUUGGGCAGUCAUUCUUUGAGGGCCCUUUCACACAGCCCUAUAUCCCAGAAUAUCAAGGCAGAAAAUCCCACAUUAUCUUAGUGUGGACUCAGAUAACGCAGUUCAAAGCAGAUAUUAUGGGAUUUUCUGCCUUGAUAUUCUGGGAUAUAGGGCUGUGUGGAAGGGCCCAGAGUUAUCUUUCUUUCUGUCUUUGAAGAUAGGGAAAACGUUUGUCCUCCUCCAGUCUGCUGGGAUUUCUCCAUUCUACAGGCAUUCUCAAAGGUUAUUGCCGGUGCUUCUGAGAUUACUUCUGCCAGGCUCUCGCCAUUGGUGUAAUUCAGCAUUACUCAUACAGCUUACCACAUCAAUAACAAGGCAUCUAUUUUCGUGGAGAGUGUUUCUAAUGCUUUGAUGUUUUCAAUCUUCUGUGGCUUUCAAGCAGAUCAGCAAACCUGCUAGUAUUUGUGCCAAACGCAUUGGUUCAGAUUGCUCAAUUUGUAACAGACUAUUGUAAAGAACAGCACUUAAAGCCCUAUAUUAAGGCAAUUUGUUCCAGCCAUCAAAUGUAACUCACCAGCUGCCCUCAAAGUCCAGAGGACACUGAAUUCAGAAGAGCAUGUUUUACAAGUAAAAUCAUAAACAUGAAUGUGUGUACAUUGCAAGGGCAUUUUUUUCACUGAAUUUCAGACAGUUUUGUUUAGACCGGUUUCAUAUUAUAAUAUUUUGUAAAGUAUAUGUAUUUUCAAAUGUGAAACAUGUAAAAAGAAUGA